AUGUGGAAGAUCCUCCAGGAGCCCUGCAUUCCACAAAUAGUGACACUGUAUUUCACCCGCCUAUUUGUCCACCUGCUCUUCCAAGCGUACUUCAGCACUUUGCAUACACCAGAGGAGGUCGAUGAAUUCUGGAAGACAUGCCAGAAAGAACACGGCUUUGCUGCCAGCCCCAACAGGUUUGCCCUGGAGACCCUCAAGUCCCUGCUCUGCCGAAUGCAGUGUGAGGGUGUGGUGAUGGCAAUGGAGCGCAAGUGUGGCUGGGACAUGCUGCUGUCUGCUGACACCCAGCACUAUGCCGUGGGUCUGCUGGUCAGAGUAAUGCGCUCCUCAUCCAUACCCUUGUCUUCUGGGAUUGCAUUGUACCUGCUCAGGCUGCUCAGCAUGGCGACCUCUCUGGCCUCUUGUAGCCACAGCUGCCUGCGACGGUGCCCGUGCCCUGUGUUCCUGUCUGGGCCCAGCCCUGUCCUGGGCUGCUUGGAUGUGACCAAAUACGGGGCCAGUCUCCUUGAGAUCAUCUCAACGAACCUGCAGAGCGAGUGCAGGGAGAGGCGUCACCUGGCGCUCAGAUGCCUCAUGGUGCUUGGCCCCAUGAAUCCAGCCAUGGCAAAAAAAAUGUGGAAUCUGACUGAGAACCUUGUGGACGUCCUGCAGGAAAAUGAUAGCUUCAUGGUCAGGAUGACCAUCGUUGUACUCAGAUAUUUGUUCCUCUAUAACGGUGCCCCUAUACGCAGCCCCGUCGCCCUGCGGCUGGCUGAGGCGCUCCUGCCACUCUUUGACAGCGAUGAUAGCCAGGUGCAGCUGGGUUCAAUCACCGUAUUUGAAGAGAUGAUAGAUUUAUUAAGGAAAGAGGAAAGAAAGGCCCUGAAGACACAGGUGUGGCAGAGGCUGCUCCCCCUCUUCAUCCACUGCCAUGAUGAGAACCCGCGUGUGGCAGAGGCCUCUCAGCAAGCGCUGCUUCGUGUGGCUGAGUUCCUGAAGAGGAGAAAUCUCAUGCAGCUCGUGAAUACAGCGGAGCUGUGGCAGUUCGCCGAGUGCCUGCCCUUCAAGUCCUGAGCGAAGACAACAGCCCUUCCCAUGCAAGCACAGUAGCUCAACUUGCAUUCAGGCAAAGAGCUGCAGAACUACGUUCAUCUGAUGGCUCAGACAAAGCAGUGUCCCUUUAAGACCUACAGGUGCCACAGAAGAGGAGAUUAUGUGGAAGCCAGAGACCAGCUGGAGCUCCAGGCAGAGCUGAUGAUUGUCACAGCUCUUGUGGCUUCAGCCCUCUCCCUGCUUGUAGAUAGCUCUCUCCCUCCAGCCUUCAGACCCUGCCCAUCCCUUUUUUUUUUGCUUCCACUCUCUGUCCCUUUUAACGCUCCCUCCCUUCAGCCUUCAGAACCUGCCCAUCCCCUUUUUCCUUCCCAGCUCAUCCCUUUGCUUUACCUUCC